GAAAUUAUUGAUAUUUACAAUCAAAAAAAUGUUAUAUUUUCAAAGGCAUGCACUCCUGUUGUGAUGGCUGCAGCAGCCCAGUCUGGGUGCAGUACUGAUUCAAUCCCUGACGAAGUGUACCACGCAUUCUCUGGACUCCCUCAGUCAACCCCUCUGAAGUGCAGAUUUGACCAUAAACACUUGAAGAUGGUUCUCACCAGCCCACCAGAAACCGUUCCAAAAACAAAGCCAUCAACAUCUGGUACAUACUUGGCCCUACCUCCCACCUGUGAACAGUCAAAGUCAGGGAACCCGAGCUCAACAGUUGCAUCUGAGACACUGGAGACAAGCAUGAGUUCCAUAGAGGCACCUAGUGUAGGGGAUGACUGCACAUUUCUUCCUCUGAGUAGUGAAUGUACAUCCACAAGAUCAUCUUCCUCAGACGUGAGCAUUGUGGGAGCAGAAAGGAGAGGUGAUUGGUCUGAGAGGAAGUGGAUUGUGAACGAGUCGGCCCUUAUGGAACUGUUUUCAACUUGUCACACAUGUGGUGUAUCCAUUACUGACAAGAAAAUCACCAGCUGUGGAUCAAAGAUCAAAAUAGAAUGGACUUGUCUCAAUCACCAUACAGGAGUGUGGCAGUCAUGUCCAGAUGUCAGGGGAAUCCCUGAGAAUAACCUAGUGUCCUCAGCAGCCAUUAUUUUCACUGGAACAACACAAAAUGAAAUUGCAGAGUGGGCCGAUCUUCUGAAUUUACAGCUUCCAAAGAAGACAUCGUACUACUCACUACCGUCCACUUAUAUGAUACCUGUAAUUCACAAAGCCUACACUGACAUACAAGAAAAAAAUAUCCCCCAACUCCAGGAAGCAGCGUCUCAUGGUGGACACACAGAUAUUUGUGGUGAUGCAAGAUCUGACUCCCCAGGCUACAGUGCCAAGUACACCUGUUACAGCUUCAUGGAUGAUGCAACAAAGAAGAUAAUUAUGUCAGACCUAAUUCAGGUAUCUGAGACUACGAGUUCACCAGCAAUGGAGUCUGUUGGUUUCCGGAGGGGUCUGGAUCGUCUGCUGGACUCUGGAGUUAGUGUUGAUGUUGUUACGACUGACCGGGCUCCAUCAAUACGGAAGAUCAUGAGGGAGUCUUAUCCGGAGCUCAGACAUCAGUUUGACCCAUGGCAUGUUGCUAAAGGUGUAAAGAAGAAAGCAACUGCAGCAGCAAGGAAGAAGGAAAACCGGGAUCUGCAGCCUUGGAUCAAGUCUCUGGGCAAUCACUUCUGGUGGUCAUGCAGUUCUUGUGGUGGUGAUGAGAAGGAGUUGAGACGCCGGUGGACCUCUAUCCUGUAUCAUGUGUGUGGUGUUCACCGAUGGGAAGAAAAUGGGCAGGAGUACAGGUGUUACCAUGACGACCUCAUCGAUGACCAACAAAUAAGAAAGAAAUGGUUGAAGAAGGGGUCUGCUGCCUGGAAUGCUCUCAAGGCUGUCGUACUAGAUAAAAAUCUCUUGAGGGUCUUCAGUCAGUUGACUUUAUUCAAGCAUACCGGGAACCUUGAAGUGUUCCACAGCUCUAUGCUGAAGUACGCAGAGAAGAGGCGCCACUUCACAUAUGUCAGUAUGCAGGCAAGGCUUCAACUGAGUGUCAUUGACCACAACCUCAAUGUUGACCGUCAGCAGGACCGUACUCAGUCUGGAAAAGAAAAGUACAAUGUUAUUUACUCCAAGCAAUCAAAGCAGUGGGUUGUAAGGAAGCUGUAUGAGUCAACAUCUCAGGAUUUUCGGAAAGAAUUGGUGCAACAAGUCAUUCAACGGCGAGUUGACAAGAGUGUCAGGCUUGGAGAUCCAGCGUUCCACAUCCAUCCUCCAGUCAGCAUACCAACCAACAUUGCUCCUACUCCAAAGCCAAACAAGGACGAUUUGGUUGCCCAACAUGCAUCACGUUUUCUCCAAAAACAUACGGAGGAUGUCUGAGACAGAAGAAGCCU